UUUCAGCAGAUCUUUGCAAUUGAAAGCAAACCGUGAAUCAGGAAGUGAGGGAAGAAUUGAAAAAAUGCUUGGUGGAUUGUACGGAGAUCUUCCUCCGCCGACAGAUGAUGAGAAACCCAGCGGCAACUCCUCCGUCUGGUCAAGCAGUAACAAGAUGGCUCCAGCGACGCUUCGCAAACCACCGGCUUUUGCUCCGACGCAAACAAUCCUCAGACCUCUAAACAAGCCCAAGCCUAUCGCGUCUCAGUACAAGGCUCCUCCUCCUUCUUCUUCUUCUUCUUCUUCUUCUUCAUCAUCCCAAUCGGUGCUUACUCCGGCGAACGAUGCGGCGUCUUCGCAGCCAGCAUUGGUUGGUGUGACUUCAUCGGUGAUCGAGGAGUACGAUCCAGCGAGACCGAACGAUUACGAGGAGUACAGGAGGGAGAAGAAGAGGAAAGCGAUGGAAGCUGAGAUGAAACGAGAGCUGGAGAAGAGACGACACGAGGAGGAUGAAAGAGAGAAGAGGGAAAGGGAAGAGAGGGAGAAGGAGAGGGAAAGAGAGAGAGAGCGAGAUCACAACAGCGAGUCUCGGCUGAAUAUCUCCGGUGAGGAAGCGUGGAAGAGACGCGCGGCCAUGAGUGGUGGAAGCGGGAAGAGAAGAUCCUCGUCUCCGCCGGGGAGCGUGGACGGAUUCAGCAUCGGGAAAUCGGAGUCGAGUGGGUUAGGAGUUGGGGCAGGUGGGCAGAUGACGGCGGCCCAGAGGAUGAUGGAGAAGAUGGGUUGGAAACAAGGACAAGGGCUUGGGAAGUCGGAGCAAGGGAUCACGACGCCAUUGAUGGCUAAGAAGACGGAUCGUAGAGCUGGUGUGAUUGUGAAUGCUAGUGAGAUCAAAUCUUCGGAGAAGAAGGUCAAGAGUGUGAAUAUCAGUGGAGAACCAACAAGGGUUUUGCUUCUUAGGAACAUGGUUGGGCCAGGAGAAGUAGAUGAUGAGCUAGAAGACGAGGUGGGAUCGGAGUGUGGAAAAUACGGUACAGUAACUCGUGUACUGAUCUUCGAGAUCACUGAACCGAACUUCCCUACACACGAAGCAGUCAGAAUCUUUGUUCAGUUUUCAAGACCCGAGGAAACAACUAAAGCACUUGUGGACCUCGAUGGGAGAUUCUUUGGAGGAAGGACGGUGCGUGCAACGUUCUACGAUGAAGUGAAAUUCAGUAAGAACGAGUUGGCUCCAGUUCCAGGUGAAAUCCCUGGCCAUUAAGAAGUUGUCAAGGUUGGUGAAGAACAAGAAACUGCGUUCUCUAUAAGAUUCUUGAUAAGAGAAAGAAACCAUAGAGAUGAGGUUUAAUAUUAUUUGUAAAGUACUUAGAAACUUUUGGGAUCUAUCUGUUUAUUGUUGUUCAAUGUAGCCUACGGUCAAGAAAUGUUUGCCUUUGUUUUUAAUCAUGUUUUGAACAUAAACUGAUUUUGCAUUUGAAUUGAUCAAUCAAUG